GUCGCGUGCUCACCUUAUCUAUCCCCAACCCAACAUCUGGGAUAAAGAAAGAAAUUCCGAGCCAGGAAGAAGAAGAAGAUGCUGCUCGGCUCCUCCUUCGUGUCCCCGCUCCAGCUCCACCUCACGCCCAGCAAUGCGGGCGGCGCCAUGGCUGCUCGGCCGGCGCUGCUUGGCCGGAUCUCGGCGGCGAAGCAGCUGACGGGCCGCGUGGUGACGACGAAGGCGGACAAGACGGUGGGGGUGGAGGUGGUGCGUCUGGCACCGCACCCCAAGUACCACCGCCGGGAGCGCAUCAAGAAGAAGUACCAGGCGCACGACCCGGACAACCAGUUCAAGGUGGGCGACGUGGUGGAGCUCCUCCGCUCCCGCCCCAUCUCCAAGACCAAGCAUUUCCUCGCCGUCCCCGUCCCGCCGCGGGACACCCGCCGCAAGGCCCAGCUCCUGCCCCCGCUCGAGUCUGACGUCGAUGGUGAGCAGGUGGAGGAGGCGGCGGCCCAGUGAUGGUGACGAUGGUGAUGGCUGCUGCAUUUCCCCAGUCUGUUCCCUUUCCAUUUGCUUCUGUGUAUGAUUCCUACUCUGUAGACUGAAUGGAUGAAUGAACUCCACUGAGCUUCAGAACUA